AUGUCUCUCGUUCGGUUUUGGCAGUCGAUAAUAAUACUUUUCGGCUUACAUAAAGAAGUUGGUGCCUUUGUUUCCAAUGGGGCGAAGUUAAGACAGAAUCUGUUCUUGCAAAACAGUUUUGGAGUGAAUAAAUACCACGCUUCGUUGCAAGCAACCAAAUCUUCUGAUGAAAUUAGUGCAUUUUCAAUAGAUCUUCCCGACAAUAUACCCGAUAUCUCAAUUUUAUAUGAAUCGGAUCGUAUCCUGAUUGUGGAUAAGCCGUCCGGAAUAUCGCACCAUAACGACGAAGCCGACGCACCGGGGGUUGUCACUGUUGUUCGACACCAACAGCAAAAGCGGCUGUGGGGUGUCCAUCGAUUGGACAAAGUAACAUCGGGUAUAUUGAUAUUUGCCAAGGAUGCCGAGAUGGCUUCUCAUCUUGCGACUGCCUUUGCGGAAGGCAAGAUACAGAAGAUUUACGUGGGGGUCUCCGCAAAAUUGAAACCGAAAAAGAGACAAGGCUGGGUGAAGGGUGGGAUGUCGCGGAGUCGUAACAAGUCCUGGAAACUAAUUCGGGACCCAAAAGACAAAGAAAACUUUGCAAAGACUCGAUUCUUUACGGCCAAGUUAUCCCCCAAGUACGAGAGUGAUCAAGUACAAGACGAUGACGAUUCAACCAGAAAAUUUACUUGCAUCCUGUUUCGGCCCUUCACAGGGCGGACACAUCAGCUACGAGUUGCUGCAAAGUCAGUGGGACUAGCAUUACUGGGAGAUCCAAUAUACAAAGAUGGGCAGGACGAUAUCGUGUCAGAAAGGACGUAUUUGCAUGCUUCUGGAAUUUCGAUUCCUUCCAUUGCUGGUGAAGCGGAGGUCAACCUUUGGAAUCCGCCACCAUUUGAAUCACUUGCAGGAAAAAGCGAAUUGGACUCAGUGUUGAGUGUUCUGAUGCAGAAACAUUGUGAUCUGCCCAACUUAUUGGAUGCUGCAAGUCCAGGACUGAAAAAGAUAUCAUAA